AGGAGGAGGGGGGAGUGAGGCUCUUCUCCUCUCCCUCUAAGAGCAUUAACUGUAGAGUGUUCUGCUAGUGACAGGGCUGUCAGGGUCAGAUGGCUGCUCAGCCUGAUUAGACCAGCUCACAGCAGAUCCUCUGCACAGCACACUGCACCGCUACAGCAAGGCAGAGCCACAAAUUGGCACGUACAGUACACACAUCGCAGUGGUUACUAUGAGGCAGGGGGUGCAGGGAGAGGUGGAUAGUUCAGUGCUGUAGUGGGGCAGAGCAACAGGUUGUUGCACAAAGACUUUUUUCUGACGGUUGACUACCAGGCAUUUCAGUUUCUAGAGGCAGAAGAAGACUAAAAGCAGGUGGACUUUACUGAGGCAGAAGAACUGAAGUGUAUACUAUGGUUGGAGAUGACAUUGAAUAGCAGAAUCGCUGGUUGAUGGAGUUUGUGCGGCGGAGUGGUGACUACUGCCAUGCCCAACACCAUUAAGGCCUCUCUGGGAUGAAGCUCCACCAUGCAGUCCUGCGGCCCCGAAACCUGAAAAGACCAUUGGCCCUUGCCCUCUGAAGCUCAUGGGGUAACACGUGGAGCCUCGACACUGGAAGCUAACUGGAGAGAGAAGGAAAGAGAGACAAAGAGACAAAGAGACUAAGAAAGAAGGACUGAAGUGACAAUCGGACAGAUAAAAACACACAGAGAGUUGACACACUGUAGCUUCCUGGACUAUAGGAUACAGUCAACUGAUGGAGUAAAACUGUACUCACAAGACAACAGGACAAAUUGGGAAAAUACCUUAAAGGCUAUAAACAGUCUCCCAACAGGAAGUUCAAAAACAGACAGAUAGUCCAGAGUCACCUGGAGACCUGAUAUAAGACACAGCAGCUACCUGCUGCAGCUGGAGCUAAAGGUCAGAGGUCAUCCUAGGAUAUCAAAGGUUAAACCAGCCAUCAUGAACCGUCCAGCUCCUGUAGAACUGUGCCACAAGAACAUGAGAUUCCUCAUCACUCACAACCCCACAGACAGCACACUGACCUCCUUCAUAGAGGACCUAAAGCGCUUCGGUGCCACCACAGUUGUUCGAGUCUGUGAUAUCACCUAUGAUAAAACACCGUUGGAGAAAGAAGGCAUUACUGUGGUGGAUUGGCCGUUUGAUGAUGGAGCCCCGCCCCCCACUAAGCUGGUUGAUGAUUGGCUGAGUCUGCUGAAGAAUAACUUUCUGGAGGAUCCAGGAUGCUGUGUGGCUGUCCACUGUGUGGCGGGACUGGGGAGGGCUCCUGUGCUGGUUGCUCUGGCUUUGAUAGAGAGCGGAAUGAAGUAUGAAGAUGCUAUUCAACUCAUCAGACAGAAGCGUCGUGGAGCCAUCAACAGUAAACAGCUAACAUACUUGGAGAAAUAUCGAUCCAAGCAUAGACUCCGCUUCAAAGACUCUCAUGCACACAAGAACAAGUGUUGCACAAUGUGAACACACACACACACACACAUACACACACACACACACACACACCCACACACACACCCUCAGACAUCUUGUACCCCUCAACAAAUGCUCUCAGGAAUCCAACCAUAAAAGCCUUGUGUCACUGUCACAAACACUAAAUUAAACCUGGGAAUCUUUGACAGCAGCUUUAUUAGAACUCAUCUUUGUUCCCUUGUUUGUGAGGAUUUCUUGUCUCUUACAUAUUAUUUUAUUGCUGUGUUUGCUUCAUAAUAUACAUUACAUUGAAGAAAAAUGGCAAAACUGGGCGAGAAAAUCACAUGAAAAAGUUUUUGGGCAAAUUGUUAAGGUAUAUUUGCUCUAGUAGAUAGUUCUGGGAAAGACAGAAAGUUGGGUGAGGGAUAAUGUGUUUCAACAAAAUGAAUCCAUGGUGUGCUCCUAUGGGGUCACCUGGGGAGAUUUGGGGUUGCUAAUUUAUUAAGAUAUACCUGAUCUAUUGGCCUUCAAAACGUCCGAUUAUACCAGAUAUUUUGUGAAGACACUUUUGAGUUUUCACAAUUUUGUACAGAUGUUCCAUAUGUUUAAACUUUCUCCAUGAUCACGGUAAGGACAUGCAGUAUUUCUGUGAGAGUUUCUUUGAGAUUUUAAAAUAUGUUGGGAAACAUAACACACUGAAACUAAGGAUUAAAAUAAUUUUAGCAGCUCAGUGUUUUUACUGUAAAUAAGAAUCAACACUCUAAGUUGACCCACUCUUUUACAUUAUUCCUGUUGGUGUCUGUUCUCAGUUUAACUGGAGAUAUAAGGGCUCAUUGUCAUCCCAGAAUUUUCUGCCAUUUGUCUACAAAAACAUAGUAAACAUAAAGCCUUCAUUUGGUUUUGUCACAGUUGCCGUUUUAAUAUUACUCUAUUGUGCUCAAGUUAUGUGUUUACAUAUCAGUGUGUGUAUUAUAUUAUGCUCUGUUUACUGACACUCACAGAAGUAAACAACUGAUUUGAAGCCAAGGUUAAAGUACAUAUGUAUUAUAAGAAAGGAAAUGUUAAUAAUUUUACAGUAAUGAUACAUUACACAUAUUCUAAAAUGACGGGGAAAUGUAAACUAGUUGUAAAUAAUAUGAAAUGAGGUAUCACUAUUUAUCACUUUUAUUCUCCUAGAGGUCAUGGCAAACCACUCCUCCCAUUCAUUGACUACAAAAAAUAUCAAUUAAAAUUGAAUCAUUGCAGGUAUUCCAAAACAUUUAUUUUAAUCUGUCUGUGUCAGAGAGGAACUUUCCUCUUUUUCAGCAGUCGAUUACACAAUAUCAAUUAAU